UUCAAAAUGAAAUAUAAGAAUAUCGAAGAAAAAACUUAAAUUCAAAUGGUUAUAGGAUGGCAAAAUGUUUAAGAAAGUGGCAAGUGUUUCCUGGAAAAAAUCGUUUCUAUUGCGAUGGGAGAAUCAUUAUGGCUCGUCAAACUGGAGUUUUUUACGUCACCUUAUUCAUAAUUCUGGCCACUUCCAUAUUAUUUUUCGCAUUUGAUUGUCCAUACCUAUCUCGCCACAUAUCAGUAUCGAUUCCCAUAGUCGCGUCCCUUAUAUUGGCUUUCGUUCUUUGCACCCUGUUUCGCACGAGCUUCAUCGAUCCGGGAAUAAUCCCGAGAGCCAAUAAACAAGAAACCGACUAUUUCGUUAAGAAUGGUGACAUAUCUAUGCAACAGCCCGACCCGGCUAGCGUCAACAAUGGCAAUCACCGUUCUACCGCUAACGCUCCCAGAUGUAAGGAGGUCCUAAUAAACGGGCAGCUGGUCAAGCUAAAGUUUUGCUUUACCUGUAAAAUCUACAGACCUCCUCGCGCCUCCCAUUGCUCGUUAUGCGAUAACUGCGUCGAACGUUUCGAUCACCAUUGCCCCUGGGUGGGCAACUGCGUUGGGAAGAGGAAUUACAGAUUUUUUUACAUGUUCCUCAUGUCACUGGCCGUCCUGUGCAUCUAUAUCCUCGCGUGUUCCGUCACCCACAUCAUUAUGCUAAUGAAGACCAGCUCGUUCAUGGACGCCAUCAAGAUAUCACCAGCCUCGUCAAUCGUUUCGGUGAUUUGCUUCUUCUCCAUCUGGUCCAUUUUAGGGCUAACUGGCUUUCACACUUACCUGACCACUUCGGAACAAACCACUAACGAAGAUAUCAAGGGCACUUUUUCGUCUCGCAAAGGCCGAAACGUGAUAAACCCGUACAGCACCGGUUCCCCCAUUUGUAAUUGGGUCAACGUCAUGUGCGGCCCUAUGCCACCGAGCCUUAUAGACCUGCGGGGCCAGCUUCCAGAAAAUUCUACUAGCGUCCAUCCUUCCUUAACUUACAUUACUCCCACCUCUUCGAUUUCCGGAGUCCCGCUUCGAUCACCUCUCACGGUUAACGCGAUCAAUGGCUCAAUCCUCGCUAAUUCUUCCAAAACACACGAAUCUUCCAAGAAAGUGCCAUCCAAAGAUAGUUUUACUGAGUGCCGCUUUGAAUCUAUCUACGACCCCAAUAAGAUUCGCAACCAAACGGAAGACGCAAAUCUCGGCGGAGCUUACUAUAACAGGGUAAUGGACUGGAGCGAGUCAGAAGUUUUUAAAGCCGAUGCGCAGCAUGAUGAAAGGAACGUUUCGAUAAGGAUGAGGGGGGAUGAAGGAAUUCAAAAGAUAGGAUUCGACAAUUUGCCCGUCUGCAAUUACGGUUCAAUGGCGUCUACUCAUCAAAAUCUUCCAACAUCCGCUUAUUUUUCGACGCCUACCACUACCCCGAUAGAAUCUCUGUUAUUUUCUACUAACAACGCUAAAAAGAUUAACCCUACUACCAGUAUAAAUGAUAAUACUACUUUUAACAACUCCUCGAACAUUUCAUCUUCCAAUCACAAACACGUAGUAAAUACGAGUGGGAGAAUCAAGAACGAACCUAAGAACAACGUCUCCGUGACGCGGAGGCAAAAGUUGCCUCCGAAUCAAUUGUUUUUAUUGAAAAAGAAAAAACCUCUAAUCAAACUAACCGAAACCAAAUCGACUUCUAUUAACAAACAUAAUAAUAACGUAUCUUUCUCCCAUUCUUCUUCUUCUUUCGACGAACCUCCGAUCCACGCUACUAGCGAAGACAAAAUCCCCCUUUGUUCCCGUCACAACGUUAAUCAAACUUUUCAACCCGUCGAUCGUGAUAAAAGCCAAGUCGUUCUGGGCGACGAAGGGGUUAAGAGGAAUAAAUACGAUAAGUUAGUCACGAACUCUUACGCAAACGAUAAUAAUUUUGACCAAAGCUCCACCAACCCAGAAUCUAACAUUGCACAUAAAUCUUAUCAUCGAUCACCUGAUUCCAAAAAUUAUGAUAGCUCGCUAACGACAACCUAUAAUCGCAAUAAGAAAUUCAAAAAAUUUGACAGCGUCGCGAUGAGCGAGAGCUGCGAAAAGUUGACUUCUCCCCCGGACCAAUCUCGCAAUAUCAUCACGUGCCACAAAGAAAAAAGCUAUGAUCCCAGGUUUGUCAUUGUCGCCAAAUCUGCAACCGAAAAAUCUAACUAUGAUCACGAUCAUAAUGAAGGGCAUACCGAUCAAAAAUCGAACCUAAGAAAGAGGGAAAAAGAGAAUGAGCCGACUAAUUCAAAUAAUAUCACAAGACAAAAUCUCUUCGAAGACCAUCCCUUUAAGAAAACGCUAAAGUUCUGCAUUCAGUCCGGAAUUCCUACCAAUCUGACCGAUUCCUACGAUUUUUACGAUGGCGUCAAUACGAACGACGCCGAAAACAUCGUAAAUAUCGCGGGCGAGCCUAACGUCAACCUCAAAAACCACGGUUUUGAAAAGAAUAUUGAUGCGGCGGUGGAUGCCAGAAAGGAGGAUUACGGGAAUGGUACCAACAAUAUCGCCAUAAAUAUCCCUAUAAAAAUGAAUAAAGAAUCCGCGAAAAGUCGCGAAUAUAAUAACAUGUUAAUAGCACGUGACGAACGAGAUAUCAAAAUGGUUGCAAAACCCGUGACCUUGAUCAACCACCAUUCAAAACACGAUAAUUAUAUCGCCACCAGUCAUACAGGAAAUUAUAAUAACGUCCCAUACGUAAAACCAACCAAAAGAAAUCACAAUUUUAACAUGGCUUCCGGUGGAAUAGGACAAAUUAUGCUUCCGUCGCUCCCUAUGCCCAUCAUGAAGCUCAGUUCCGUGUGAGGCCAUAAGUCACUUUAAAUAUUUGCGUACGAUUUUUUUUAAAAAUAACCAAUCAUGAAGAUGAAAUUUUGAACGAAUGGGUGAAUUAGAAGGAUGAAAUGAAUUGACCCCGAAGUGCUUUUUGGCUAACUACAAAAAAAAAUAAUAUUUAUUUUUGUAUAUUGAUUGAAUUUUAGAAUUGUAGCUUUUUUUUAUUUUAUUUUUUACAUAUUAUAUAUAAACUCGCGUUCUAUAAAAAUUCCUUGUAUAUAUAAAUAUAUUUCGCCUUUUUUUUCUAAAAAUUAUAAAUAAUUGUGAUAAGACUUUGAUGAUAAUAUUUAAAAAAAAAAAUUUAUCAUAAUUUUUUAUAAAAAUUUAACAUUAUAAAAAAAAAAAUUCUUUUUUUUCAAUGACCACAUAAUAACAAUAACCAAAUGACCAUUUGUUUCUCUUAUAGUGCGUACAAAUUGAACGUUUCAACGCAGCGUUUUAAAUCGCAUAUCAAUAAUUUAAAAUACAAAACGCAAACGUACUCAAUUUAAACGAAUGCAAUUAAAAUGUUUGAAACGCAGCGUUGAAAUGUUCAAUUUGUGCGCACUAUUAUUGGCGAAGCAAUGAUGGGGAAAUAUUAGUAUUACGUUUGUAUAUUACGAAACACGAUUUAGCUAGAUUAUUAUAAUCCUGUGCAGCAAAUUAAUAAAAUGGCAAAUCCGCGCGAAACAAUUUUAAGGCGAAAAGCAAUAAUUCGAUAUUACGUUUCUAUAUAAUGUGUAAUUUGCUUGAUUGUUCUCUGUAAAAAUUAUUUUAUGCAAAUGUCGCCAAAAAAAUAAUCGGAAAAUCGUUAUUUCCAUUUUAACCUUUAAUUAUUUUUUUUUCUCCAUUAUUUUUGUCAUUUAAAAUCGUUUGUAAAAAAAGAAGUAAUAUUAGACACCCAUUUUUAUUAUUAUGCACGUGACCCUUUGCGUUCAGAUUAAAAUAACUAACCUUGCAUUUACAGUUAGAAGGGUUUGCGGCGAAAUAUAUAAAAUAUUAUAUACGCAUAAUAAUUUAAAUUUUUGUAUACUUCAUCGCUAAUUCCCUCUCACUGAAUGUAGGAUGAUACCCCAACCACGCUACGUGUUUAUAGCGUUUUUUUUAUUAUAUGAAAUUAAUUAUUUUUUUAUUUUAUACAUACUUAAUAUCUGAGAUUAAAAAAAAAUUCACAUGAUUAUAAAAAUAAUGAAGGAACAAAAAUAAACUCAGUAUUUUUAUA